AUGCAGCGUUCUGUGGUAUUGACAAAAUGUUUUCGUCAAAAAGAAGAUCCUCUGUUUUUUAAUGCUUUAAAUGAAAUUCGAUUGGGAAAAGUAAGCGAUGCAUCUAUAGAAUAUUUAACAAAAAGACAUUUUACAAACGAUCAACUCAUUGACAAAAGUUAUCCUAGAUUAUUUUUCUUAAGAGGAAACGUUUUUAAAUAUAACGAAUUCAAAAUGUCCGAGUUAAAGGGUAAAGCUACAUGUUUCAAAGCUAAAGAUAAAAUUGUAGAUAAAAACAUAACUGUAAAUUCGUUUCAAAUUCCAACCGAAGUGACAGUCAAAUUGGGAGCUGUUGUCAUGUUAUUAAAAAAUAUCAACGUUGAAGAAGGUCUAUGUAACGGUGCAGUUGGUGUUGUAACUCAUGUUGGUUUAAAUAGCGUUAACGUUUUAUUUAAAGACAACGAAAUCGUUAUUGAAAUAAUGAAAGAAGAUAUUCUUGAUUCAAAAAAUAAAAUCAUCGCAACUCGAAACGGUUUGCCUUUGCAACUGGCUUUUGCUAUAACAGUUCACAAAGCUCAAGGUAGUACGUUAAAAAAAUUAGUUGUUGAUUUUUCGCAUUCGGCUUUCGAUCCUUCGCUUUAUUAUGUUUCGUUAUCUAGAGUUUGUUCGUUAGAAGAUCUCUACAUGAUACAUCCCGAUGUUAAAAUGUUGAAGAACAUUUUAAAAUGUAUAACUGCUAAUCCAGAAGUAUUGAAUUUUUAUGAGCAAUUGAAAAUAAAAUAA